GGUCGGUUGCGCUCUAAUUCAAUCAUCAGAUCGGCAUUGCGGGAGGUGGGGCCACCCAACAGAACAGCGCGCGCACACCAUUAUUUUCCUGUAAGUGCAUAAACAUGAGCGAUUCAGAGAAACAAACUGUCUCCGUCAAAGACAAGGAUGGAGUGGAGAAAAGGGGACGAGGAAGACCAAGGAAGCAUCCAAAGGAAUUAAGUGGGUCACCAACUACAAAAAGACCAAGAGGACGCCCAAAAGGCAGCAAAAACAAAGGCCCAUCCAAGAGCAAAUCAUCGGCUUCUGUCACCAAACCGAGGGGAAAGCCUAAGAAAGAGGAAAAGGAAAAACCUCAGGACUCAUCUGAGGACGCUGAAGAAGAUGAAGAGGAGGAGCAGUAAAAAUCUAAUCGCAGCACUACCUCAUACUCAACCAAACAAACAAGCCGUCUGGUCUCAAACCUGGAAUGUCAUUCACGUCUUUCGACAACCACAGAAGGACAGUAUCAGAUGUAAUAUUCUGCUUUAAUGCAUAAUGAGUUUUAUGUCAUUAGAUCAAAUUUACUGUAGAAUCCAGAGUCACACUGCAUACAAAUAUGUCAUGUGUUUCCAGCUAUUUUUAAUAUAUAUCUAUUGGACUGAGGUGCUUUUCUACGUAUGCUUUGUUUGUAGGUUUGUUCAGUAA